UAGCGUGGCUGAUAGUUCGGUAGUUAGGCGAGGCGGCGCGGGCAGAAGUUUGAGGAGUGCGUGGAGUUUGUUCAGCAAACGUCAGAGCCGCGCUCUGCAGCGCACUGAGAAGAAAAAAAAAAAAAGAAAAAAAAAACCUUUCACCGAGUCUUCUCUGUUUGCUCCCGCUCUUUAAAAAAAAACACAAAAUGUCUGAAGUUAAGCAGAGGAAAAAAGAUCUUCCUUCAUCCAAGAGUAACGAAGUUUCCCAGAAGCUCGAAAAGCACAGCAGCCGUGGGAAGGUGGUGAGCCACAGCCAGAACUCUGCUGGGAUGGACUCACGGAUGGCCUUGUGUGUGAUUUCUCUCUCUGCCUGCCUGGUGCUGGCCUGGUUACUGUUUCAGCAGUCGAGUCGAUUUGCUGAUAUGGAAAAAAGGUACAAUUUCUUGCAGCAAGAAGCUGAAAGAUUCCUGGACAUGGAAAAUAAAGUUAGCUUAAUUUCUGAAAAGCUUGAGUCUUCUGACAAUAUCCUACAAGAAUCUGCCUCAUCCAUCUCUGUGAUGACUGAGUUUGAGCAGGAAGUAUCUUCCCUUCGUAACACCAUAAGAGAGAUUGAGAGCAAUGAACGGACUAUGUUUAUAAAGAUGCAGGGCAUUAAUGAGAAGUUCCAAAAUAUUACGAAUUCCUGGAGAAGAAGCAUGGAUGAAAUGAACACGAACACUAGUGGCAUAAAAUCUGAAGCAAAGUUCAUACACGCAGAAGUUACUUCCCAGAUAAAUAAAGUUGACCAAAGAAUUAAGUCCCUUUCAGAAAGAUUAAAAGACUUGGAAGAUGGUACAGCCAGAAAUAUUAAAACAGUAAAAAGGCAAGAAGAUGAUGAAUUUGCUAGAGUUGAACAAAAGUUGGACUCGCAUGCAAUGGCAAUAGAAAAACUAGAAAAAGAGCAGAGCAGUCUGUUAGCCAAGAACACAGACCUGAAUCAGAAUCUUGCAGCCUAUGAACCUAAAAUUGAGGAGUGCAAGACCCAUUUGCCAAAAAUUGAAAAUGCUAUUCAUUCUAUCCUUAGAUUAUCAAGUGAAUUGCUAAGUAUGGAGAAGAAGAUUGAGAACUUGGCAACGCAGCUACAUACUGUGGAAAGUAGUAUGUUGAAAACUGUGUCUGAUACAGUGGUGAUGCAGAAUGUUCUUGAAGGUGCACAGUACAAUGACAGCAUAUCAAAACUGCAGAAUAAAACAGCAGUUAUAGAAGAAGUAGUACGUGACAUGGAAGUAUCUUCAAGUGCUGAAGGAAUAACUUUAGAAGGCUGUAAGUUAGAAAGUGACCAAGAUGGGGAUAAGUGAAUUUGGACUUAAGGUUUACGCUGAUAAAAAAGCACUUUAAUUGAUUAAAAGUUAUGUGACUUCAACAUGCGAGCUGGGAGUUGGGAGGGAGACAGAGACGUCAGGUUAAAAUUUGUAUUUAUUUUUCAUUGCUUUGGUUUCCAUAUUGUUACUUUUUGUUAUCAUACUCUGUUGACUUUGUAACGCAAUGAAAAAUUGAUUUCUCCAGAGAGAGCAGUUAAUACUGCGUGUUCAAGACACUCUUAAACCUCCAUUUCUCAAUGUUAGGAUAUUUCAGGUUCAUGUAUUUAUUAUUUAUGUGUGGAUUGUAUCUGUUUACAAUCAUAUUCAAUAAAAAUAUGUUGCAGUGUAUUGCUCUGUCCUGGUGAAUAAUCCAAUUCAAAAUAAUUUGAUCUUCCAAAACGAGAAUGUACGUCCACUGUUCCAUUAAAAGUACUAUUCCACACUGAAUUUUUUAAUAAUAUUGUUGUUUCACAAGCAUGUUCUACUGUGUGGUCUAGUUCAUCUAUGAGAAGAGCGGUUAAACUACCAAUGGUGCUCCCUAGUUGAAUAUAUUUAAUCAACCCAGACUCUACUGAAAGCUGAAUAUACCUGAGAUAGAACAAGAACUCCUUAUCAUCAGACAUCAUUAACUAUGAAACACGGUACAGCUCUUCACAAUAUAAAUUCUAAUAUUUUGUUUUUAAGUAAGCAGUUUUGUGGUCAUGAGGAAUUCUGUCCUAAAAACUGGAUUAAUUUAAUUAAAGGAUAACAAAUAAAGAAUAGACAUAAUUAAACUUAUUUUUCUACUGUGUUGUGUGGGGGCUUGCUCAGCAACACCACCACUGUGCUGCGUCAGUAUCAGUUAUAGGAAACAAUCUCAAUAAAAACCUUGCUAGCAAACAGUACCCAGUUUUUAUGUUGUCUAAUGCUGUUCUAAUGGAGGAAUAACAACAUGUUGGAAUUGUUUGUUUGUUUUAAAAAUCAGUAUUGUGACUAAUCUUAAUUCAGUAUAUGUCUCAAUUCCAAUGCUCCCUACAUGCCAAGUUGCCGUACUAGUAGCUUUUAGCAGCCAAGUGGAUGUUUCAUUGUACUGAAGUUAGGAUUAGAGCCAGUAAGGAAAGUCAAAAACACAGUUGCUGUACUGAAUUAGCAGUCUAACCUUAGUAUUUCCAAAUUGUAAUGAAUUCUCAUAAAAAUGGUAAAAAAAAAGAAAAAAACCAAAAAACCAACCAGAUAGGGCCUUGUAGUUAAAAGGUCUAAUAGUUUAAUACUCUGAGUUUUCCAAGUUUUUUUUUACCGAUUAACAACAACAACAAAAAAGCUAGUUAUGAAGAAGUAGAAGAGUAAUACAGUAGUUAUGCCUGCAUCAAGGUUCCAGCCUUCAGGUGCAUAGAUGUUACCGUUUCUGAAAACCAAACUAUUUCUGCAGUGUGUGUUGGAAGGCCCCACCUGCUCCUCCCUUCUCAAACAAACAAACAAAAAAAAA